AUUUUGUUGACAGCAAAUUUUGCUCUUUUGUCAACUUUAUCAAUGACAACAAUUUUUAUGCAACCAUUGCAGCCCAAAAACUAUCUCGAUGUUUCUCGGAAAAUAAUACAACCAACACCAUUGGCACCCAAGUAUCACAAUUGUUUCCAAGAAGUAUAGUUGUCUUAAUAAAAGAAUUGUUGCUGGGUAACAACACAACUGUAGCGUCAUGUCAUCGGAAAAGAAAUCGGAAAGUCCGAAUGAAGACACCAUUUCCGAAUUAACAGCACUCACUUCUGAAUUAGAUCUAUCGAACGCAGUUACAACUGAGGCAACCGUUGAGAGUGGAUCAAUCCAACCUAAGUCGGAAAAAUCCAUAGAGGAGCUGUUGCUUGAGUCGUAUGAGUGCCUGGAAAAUAAGCGUCACGGUCGUUUAGAUCGGAAUGUAUUAUCGUCUUGGACGAUUUUCGGUGAACGGAAGAUUGGCUUCGAUGAGACGACGAAAUUUGCUGACAAAGAAAUUGUUCAAAAAUUGUACUCCGCCUACCUAGAAUACGAAUUGUUUUCCGAAUCGGAACGACGAACCAAAAAGCAAAGAGUAAAUCCACUCGAAGAGGUCAAGAAAGCCUUUCUGCUGAAUCGUGCCGCCGUUAAGUUUGCAAACAUUGACUCGCUACUGGGCUACAUGUUUUCCAAUCCAGUGGACAAAUUGGGCCGCUCAAUAAUUGAACCGAAUGAGCUCAUGUACUUUGUUGAUAUUUGGGGCGGACCGGGUGGAUUUGCGGAUUAUUUACUGUGGCGAAGAGACUGGCAAACUAAGGGUUUUGGUAUUCCCAUGAAAAACGGUUUUUAUGGCACAAACCGGUUUACAGUUGGUGGCGAACGGUUCACCAUAUUCAAAGGUGCCAAACGUGAUGGUGACAUCACCAACGAAGAGAAUAUUACCUCGAUUGUACGAUACGUGAAACAACACAUUUCCUUGGGCGUACACAUUGCUGUUGCUGAUGGCGCCUACGACGUGGAAAACCAGAAAUACGGAAAGGAAACCAUUUUUAAACGGAUGUACCUAAGCGAAGCGAUUCUGGCACUUUCGUUGCUUCGGCAAAAUGGACAUUUUAUUAUGAAACUGUUCGAUGUAUUGAUGCCAUUUACCGUUGGUCUAAUUUACCUGCUGCAUAAGUGCUUCGCCCAAGUCAUUUUGUUGAAACCGAAAUCUUCGAGGCCAUCGAGUGCAGAACGUUAUCUCAUCUGCAAGUGGAAGUUCCACGAUACGACGAACAUUCGAAUGUACCUGGAAGAGGUGAAUGUUAAACUCAACAACACUGAAGACUUGGAUGUGAUAAGCUUGGUGCCAGAAGAGAUCCUGCUCAAUGACAUCGAGUUUUUCAAUUUCGUGUACAAAAGUAACAACUCACUUGCCGAGAUUCAGACAGAGUCAAUGCUUCAGAUGACGCGCGGUGGUUCCGCUUGUUCGUCAGAUCCAUCUCUGGUCCAAACAUGCCUCGAAUACUGGAAUGUCGUACCGAAGACUGACGUCAUUUUUGAUUGCACCAUUGGCGAAUGGGCGAAAUUCGUCAACUUUCCAGAGAAUUUGUUAAGUCCGUUGCUGCCACUGUGUGAAUCGUUUGGGCUACCAGGUGGCAAGUUAGGAAACGAGUGGCACUGUAUUCGUAUUGAGAACGUCAGUACCGACAGGCGAACAUUUUUCUCAACCAAUAGCUCAACUGAUGUCAAGAUGUGGGAUCCAAUUUCAACGGAAUGGAUAAACGCACCGCCAAAUUUUGGUUUGAAAUUUCCGACGAAUACAUUCUUGUACGGAGAAAUUGCCUGUAAUCACGUUCAGAAUGCCAACUCCAAUGGUAAAUCGUCGGAUGGCUUCCACAUAAUAGAUGGUUUAGUCUUGAAUGGUCAGGAUAUACGAGGUCAUCCGUAUUUGGUGCGACUGGAAUUGUGUAAAAAAUUCGCCGAUGCCAUUAACAAUUCAUCGUCCUUCAUUCGAAUCGAAAAUGGGGAGAGUAUAAGAACAGCGUCGAUCAAUUGUAAAGAAACAUUUUUGCUGAAGGAUCUCGUUCCCGAAAUGGAAAAAUUUCGUGGAUCAUGGAAAUCGAUCCAAUCAGGUUCGAAAGUUCUGGGACAUUCCUUGCAAACGUUUAUCGGACCUAAACGUUUUCACGCGGUGAAUGGCCUGUUGUUUCUUCGAAAUUUUCCAAAUGUAAGAGAUGAAACAAAUUUUAACGAAACGUUCCGCAGUAGACAACUGUGGAACUGGUCCAGAUCUGACACUUUGGAUACGGUUGAUAUUGCGAAAACUCCGGACGACGGAAAUGUUUAUCUGUCGCACUUCUGUGAAUAUAUGAAUCGGCAAGUGAAUUGUGGUGCCCUAAAUUGGAGAGACAAAAACCGACCGCAAAAUCCAUCAAGAUAUUCGAAUAACAGGGGUAGAAGCGGAGCCAGAGGCAGAACAGGCUUUAAGAAAUAGUCGCUCAUUGCUGCGUUCAAGUGAGUAAGGACUUUAUGUUUUUUGUUCGUUAUUUGCAUAAAUUCAAAUUAUAAUUAUUAUACCAAGAGGUUGCAACACGGUUGCAUUUAUUUUAUUGUGAGAAAAGAAAAAUCAAAGAUUUUGGCCUUUGGCUGCCUGUUUUUAUAAUAAAGCCAAACUUUUAUACAAGAUUUACGAAAAUAUAAUUGGAUGUUAUCGCUC